AUGUCAACCACCAUAAACUUCCCACUAGCCCCCGGCCUACCCGCUCCCCCAAGCCUCACCGCUCGACCCCCUCACACCCCUCUCACUGGCCGCAUCGUGAACCUCGUCCCGCUCCAACCCGACCACGCAGCCGACCUGUUCGAACACUUCGGCGGCCCGGACAACUUCGACAGAUGGACCUACCUCCCACCCGUCGGUUACCCUGACUACCCCAGCCUUGAAGCCGACGUCAAGACCUGGAGCCAGUCCCCUGACAGGCAAUACUAUACCAUUCUCGCUUCCGUGCCGGGGGGGAGUAAUGAUGAGCUGCUACGGCCCGCAGGGAUCAUAGCGUAUCUCAAUAUUGAGCCUGGGUCGAGGCGGUUGGAGCUUGGCGCGGUGGUGUUGGGGAAGAAAUUGGCUCGGACGCGGGCGGCGACAGAGGUGUCGUAUUUGAUGCUGCGUCGGGCGUUUGAGGAGGGGUAUACCCGCGUGGAGUGGAAGGCGAAUAAUUUGAACCGGGCGAGUGUGAAUGCUGCGCUGCGGUUGGGGUUCGUGGCUGAGGGGGUGUUUAGGAAGCAUUAUAUUGUGAAGGGCCGGUAUCGGGAUACGGCGUGGUUUUCGAUGACAGAUGAUGAGUGGCCUGGGGUGAGGCGUGGGCUGGAGGCGUGGUUGGAUGAUGGGAAUUUUGAUGGGGAUGGGCGACAGAAGAGGACGUUGCAGCAGUGUAGGGAGGAUCAGUAG